CGCUUCAUGCAUGUGUUCAAGGGUAUGCUUACAUGAGGAAGGUGAUAGUCAUUGAUGGGACUCACCUACGAGGACAAUAUGGCGGAUGCUUAAUUGCAGCUAGUGCACAAGACGCAAAUUUUCAAGUGUUUCCCAUUGCAUUUGGGAUAGUAAACAGCGAGAACGAUGAGGCGUGGACUUGGUUCAUGACUAAGCUGACGGAAGCUAUACCAGAUGAUCCAGAGUUGGUGUUUGUGUCUGACAGGCACUCCUCAAUUUAUGCCAGCAUACGCAAGGUAACAUUGUUGUUACCUGAUACAAAGACAAUUAUCCCAAUAUCUAUUACGCAUGCUAAGAUAUCCACUAACGUCUAUAAUCUUUGCGCAGGUUUACCCAAUGUCAUCUCAUGCUGCUUGCAUCGUCCAUCUGAAAAGGAACAUUGAGGUUUACUUUAAAUCUGAGGAGCUAAGUGCAUUGGUAUCGUGUGCAGCGAGGGCUUAUCGCCUAAGUGAUUUCAACCGGCUUUUUGCUGAAAUUAGGGCUAAACAUGAGCCAUGCGCUGACUACCUGGCAGGUAUUGGGUUUGAGCAUUGGACGAGAUCCCAUUUUGUUGGAAAUAGAUAUAACUUCAUGACAAGUAAUAUAUCGGAGUCGCUAAACAAUGUGUUAACCAUGGCUCGAGAUUACCCGGUAAUCUCAAUCUUAGAGUCUAUCCGCACAACUCUCGUGACAUGGCUUGCGCUUAGGAGGCAAGCUGCCCAGCUUGAGGACAAUAUCCUACCGCCAAAGGUGAACGAUAUGGUAAUCGAAAAUUACGAGAAAGGAGCAGGAUGUGCUGUAAUAAAGAUUGGGGAAGGGCUAUAUGAAGUUAGAGAAAAAGGAGGCGCAGCAUUUGCGGUCAACCUAUGGGAGAGAACAUGUACGUGCAGGGAGUUUCAGCUGCUAACAAUCCCUUGCUCUCAUGCCAUAGCGGCAGCAAUACAAGAAGGAAUCAGAGUGGACACGCUAGUUGGAGUCCAUCACACCAACCCCCAGCUUAGGUUGUCUUACCAAGCGCUAAUAAUGCCGGUACCCGACACGGAGACACUGACUCCUUCCCCAAAUGAUGUAGGGGGUGGGAAACUGGCACCACCAUAUGUUCGGAGACCGCCUGGACGCCCAAGGAAACGAAGAUUAUUUUCAAGAGGCGAGUUCAAGAGAACAUCAAGGAAAAGAUGCUCACGAUGCAAGUCAUUAGGUCAUAACAGGGCAACCUGCAAUGGCCCAAUAACGGUAAUAAAUACUUUAACAAUUAGUAAAUGAAUUAUGGAAUAUUUACUAUAUCUCGUUGGAAUGCAGGGUACAUAGAGAACGGAAGGAAGGACGUUUUUUGGCGAGUAAAGGGAUGGAUGGAUGUUGUCAGGAUUAACAAAGAAAUUGGCCUGGCUAUGUGAAAUAAA